CCAACAUGUUAGAUUGUGCUUUUCUAAUCUACGUUGAUAACUACCUACCUACCUACCUACCUACCUAUGUAGGCAGGCUACGAAAUUAAUUACCCAACACAUAUGUAGCUCUUACGACGCUGGUAUCUCUGCUUACUUCAUCUAAUAUGCUGCUUGACGGCAGGCGAUAUGGCGGCUUUUGGUUCCUCUAGACCUCUGUGAAGCUCUAUAGACCUUUUACAUAGGAAAUCCCUGUUUCUAGUCUCUGCUUGCUGGCAAACAAGUCCCUUCGCCUAUAACGAGAAUCAAUUUCUCUUUUCGUCAUGGAGAAUAGCAACUACUGGGCCCUGCCUUUAAUUAUUUUCUUAGUUUAUUGUGUAUAUGAUGGCUGGAUGGCGAGAAAGUCGAUCAGGAAGAAUCCUGAUAUACCCUUUAUAGGUAGCCCUUUCACGGUAAUACCACGGUUUCUUCUGAACCUCCUAUUCGCUGCUAAAGCGGCGGAUAUCGUUGAAUGGGGCUAUCAAAAGUUCAAAGGCCAGCCUUUCCAGCUUGUACGAAAUGAUGGUCAAGUUCUGCUUCUUCCAUUGUCGGUCCUUGAAGAGCUUUCAAACCUGCCUGCCUCAGUGGCUAGCCCAAAUACCGCCCUAGAGCAUGAUUUAUUGGGACACUACACAGGAUUGAGCCUAAUUCUGGAGAGUAGAGCUCAUCAUUCUAUCGUUCAACGGAGAGUAACACCGCGUCUUGGUUUAAUGACACCUCGCCUCGAGGUAGAAAUACACAGCGCAUGCCACGAGUCUCUUACCGAAUCCCAUGAAUGGGUUGAAUUUCAACCUUACAAGGCACUUUCCAAAGUAUCUGCGAGAAUCGCUGCGCAGGCUAUUGUGACUCCUGAAUUUGCCCAUGAUCCAAAAUGGCUGGAAAUUUCAGUCGAAUAUACUGAGAAUUUGUUUCGAACUAUCGUUAUCACACGGCUUUUUCCUUCGUGGAUGCAGUCGUUUGUCUGCCGUCAUCUGCCAUCCUUUUGGGCUGGUCAGAGAUACAUGAAAGAAGCUAAAAAGCUCCUUGGUCCUAGAAUCAAUGAAUUGCUCCAUAUGAGUGACGAGGGGACCUGGGAGCCGCAGCCCAAUGAAUCCGACUCAAAUGUCCUCAAUUGGCUUGUAGACACUGUAAAGGGGGCUGACCGUGACGCGGACACUAUAGCCCAUGUAGAGGUGCUACUCGCUCUCGCCGCUGUUCACACCACCCUCCUGAGGAUGGUCAAUGUUCUAUACGACAUAACGGCAUCUGGCCUCGCUGUGGAGCUUCGGUCUGAGAUCGAAGAAGUCACUAGCCGGUCGGGGACUUGGGAUAAAUCGUCUUAUGACAGUCUAUAUAAACUUGACAGCGUGCUUAGCGAGUCGCAGCGAAUGUCGCCACCCACCACUUUAGGCAUGAAGCGUAUUUUUCAAGAAGAUUACACAUUCAAAAAUGGCCUGCAUAUCCCGAAGGGUAUGUACACAGCGAUGCCCAUCUACGCUAUCGAGAACGACCCUGCACACACUUCUAAUCCCGAAACGUUCGAUGGGCUUCGCAGCUAUCGCCUUAUGCUAGAACAUAAUAUUUCUGACGGUAGUGACGGCGACGAGGGAAGAAAAUUUCGCUUCUCGACGCCCCGCCCAAAUGUUCUCAAUUUCGGAUACGGACGGCAUGCAUGUCCAGGGCGUUACUUCGCAAGCCUCGUUCUCAAAAUCCUAUUUACUAAGCUCCUGACCGAAUAUGAGUUCGAGUUCCUUCCCGGGGCCGGGAGACCUAAGAACUUGUUGGCACACGAGUUCCUUUUCACAGCACCAUGGCAGCGCAUGCUUAUUAGAAAGAAGGAGAAAGGGAAUUGUCCUUUUUGACUGGAGAUAAGAAUACAUACCUGCUUUAAAUCUAGGGCUGUGUAUCAGAUGACUUAAUCUGACCUUAUCUGAUCAGGAUUUCCAGUAUAAGUACCCCUUAUGGUCGCACACACCUAUUUUACAUAACUUUAACCACAUCGAAUACAAAUCAUUCCUUUCAUCUAUAAAAUUACCUAGACCAUGGUAUUAGAUUCAG